CGGAGAGGAGGGAGAGGAGGGGAUGAGCAGAGCGGAGGGGAGACCCGCUGCCUCCCUCCCGCCCGCCCUCCCUCUUGCGCUGACUCGCUCCCUCCCGGGCUGCGGCUGCUGCAAUAGAGUCAGUGGCGGCGGCAGCAGCGGAAGCAGUCUGGAGGCCGGCGUCGAGGAUCUGCUGCUGUCUCUACAGCUCCAUCCUCCCCACAGAGGCCUUCUGCCCUCUCCCAUCUUAAGAUGGCAGCCAGCAGCUCUGAGGUCUCGAAGAUGAAGGGGAUAGAGGAGGGUCCCCAGACCCAGGGAGAAGGGCCUGGCCAUUCUGAAGCUGGAGCUGUCCCUGUCCAGGUCCCAGCUAGGGUCCCAGAUGAGCCAGAGGCCCUGCAGCCUGGCCCAGACACCACUGGAGCUCCAGAAACCACAGAGACCCCUACUCGGGCCCCCAAAACAGCCCUGGCCAGAGAGCCCACCUCAAGCCCAGGAGGGGAGGCAAAGGCCAACUCCACUCCCAAAGAAGCAUGCCAAGAGCCAGCAUCCAAGCCAGAAGUGAGCAAAGAGGCCACUGCAGACCAGAGGUCUGACCUGGAUUCUGCAGGCCUGUCUGAGCCAGCCUCAGAGCCUGAGCCCCAGCUGGACCCCCAGUCAGACCCCCAGCCAGGUUCCCAGCCCACCUCCACACCACCCCUUCAGCCAGAGCCCCCUACCCAGGAGGACCCCACCCCUGAGGUCUUGACUGAGAGCUUGGGGGAAAAGCAGGAGAAUGGGGCAGUGGUUCCUCUGCAGGCUGGCCCAGCCCCCCAGCCUCACUCACCACCCUCAGCAAAUGCCCCCCCAGCCAAUGGGGCUCCGCCCCGGGUAUUACAGCAACUGGUUGAGGAAGACCGAGUGGGAAGGGUUCACAGUGGGCAUCCAGGAUCUCCCCGAGGUAGCUUGAGCCGCCAUCCCAGCUCCCAGCUAGCAGGGUCUGGGGUGGAAGGGGGUGAAGGCACCCAGAAACCUCGGGACUACAUCAUCCUCGCCAUCCUGUCCUGCUUCUGCCCUAUGUGGCCUGUCAACAUCGUGGCCUUCGCUUAUGCCGUCAUGUCCCGGAACAGUCUGCAGCAGGGGGACGUGGAUGGGGCCCUGCGUCUGGGUCGUGUGGCCAAGCUCUUAAGCAUCGUGGCACUGGUAGGGGGGGUUCUCAUCAUCAUCGCCUCCUGCAUCAUCAACUUAGGCGUGUAUAAGUGAGGGGCUCUGCCCUGCAUUCCAAGACUUUUCUUCCUGUUGGGAGCUGCCUUGGGCCCAUCCUCCCCUGCGGGGAGCCCAAUCGAUGGCCCAGGCCUGCACCCAUAGGGACCAAGGGAGCCUGGGCAGCCUUGUUUACAGCUACUUUCCUGCUCCUGCAUCCUGCCAGGCUCCUCUGCCAACUGUAGGGCUCCCUUCUCCUGCACUGUUUCCGACCUCCCUGCACUUCUGCCUGCAGCCCAUUCAACCUCUUGGCCUCCCUAUUCCUGCACUUCUGGAAACCUCCCUAAACAUCUCCCAAACUCUUUGCUCUCAGCCUCCCUGCAUCUCUCCCAGCCUUCCUGCACUUCUUCCAACAACCUCCUGAAUUCCCUGCCCCUCCACCCUAGUCUCCCCCCUACUCCCCACUUCCAUUGUCUUGGCAUCUCGCCCCAUCCAUUCCUUUCUUCCUUCUCUCCUUCAUCAUCUCUCCUUCCCUCUCCACACCCUGGGCCCUUCAGCAUCCUCUCCUCAGGAUCCUGUCCUCCACCCUCCUGCCACCGUUUAUUCUGCAAAAACUCCAGCAUGUAGAUCAGGCUGGGGGAGGGCAGCAUGUUGGGAGGACUCUAGCCCGGGGCUCCGAACUGUUCUCUGCUGGGACCACCCAGGUCCACCCAGGGCGCCUCGGGGUCGCAGAGCUGGCAAGCCAAGUCUCGUUUGGGGACUGGUGCCGGAGUGGCGAGUGAUGUUCCAAACGUGGAGAUAAGGGAGGGGCGCAGCUGUGUGCCCUCCCACCUGGGCUUUUUAACCUAGUCCGCGAGUUUCUUAAAGUCGUCGGGACUGGGGGUCAUUCACGUGCUUUGUAACGAAAGAACCCCCCAAUAGGACCAAAGCUCCCAGCCGCCAGAGCGAGAGGGGGCGAGGAGCUAUCUAAUUAUUUUCUAAGAGAAGGAGGAAGGUUUGUUGCACGCGACAGUCCGCUAGGGAGGCGGGGACCGAGCGACGACGCAAUUCGGAGUUGGCGGGGUUUUUGUUUUCUAAAAAAAAAAAAAACGUGUGGGGAGGGAAAAGACUAAAAAUCUAAAAAUAUAUAUAUAUACAUCAAAUCAACUCUCCCUUUUUGUAUACCGGAUGAUGCAUGAGUCUGAAACACCAAUAAAUGGAGACUGCAUGA